AUGUCUUACGAAAGGGUGGACGAUAUGCCGGUACUUCCGCCUGCGUAUGUUCACGAGGAGGAAGACGAGACGGCGUUUGCGCUGGGCUCAGGUAGCCUGGUGCCACCGAUUGAACAGUUUGAGAUUGAUGACGACGAAAUUUACGAGCCGGUCAAACGUGACAGCGUGAUCAAACGGUUCGUGUUUGUCAGCAAACGUUGUGCAUUCACCUUCAGAGACAAGGUUGUGGAUCCGAUGGUCCGCUGCAUGAAGCCCGUAGCUGAAGGAUACAGUUUCUUCAAGAGGCUGUAUGAGCUGCAGUUGCUCAAGCUCGGGAACCCCUUGGUGGUCAAGCGGUUGCUCUAUGUGCUUUUUGUGGUGACGUUGAUCUUUGUCAUUACGGAAAAUGAGGACACCGAGGGAAUCAACGGCACCUCCGGAGGCGCCUUCUCUUCCGGCCACUUCUACGACACAGAUAAGCUAGGCGACACCUUGGCUCAUUACAUCGAGGGCAAAACGCUCCAAGAGAACUUGGAGUACCUCAGCUCGAUGCCCCACAUGGCCGGCACCAUGGGCGAUUUGGCCUUGGCUCGGUACGUCGAAAGCUACUUCCACAAUAAUGGCAUCAACAACGUGGACUUCCACGAGCUCGAGACGUUUCUUAAUUUCCCCACUGGUGACUCGUACGUCAGGUUGGCCGACGGGUCUAUCAGGGCGUCCUUGGGUCCGCAGAGCGGACACGAGCAACUCAUGGCAUUCAACCCAAACUCACCUAGUCUGGACGGUGAGAUUGAGGCCCCCUUCAUCUUUGGAAAUUUCGGCGAUGCUGAAGAUUUGCAAAAAAUAGUGGACGCUAAGAUCGACCUUAAAAACACUGUGCUUAUCGUCAAGCACGGAGGUGUCACUCCUGAGGCAAAUAAGGUCUAUGCUGCGCACCAACUAGGCGUGAAGGCUGUGGUAUUUAUCUCACCAAAGGUGCUGUUUGCAGGCGAAGUUGAGGAGGAUGCUAUCAAAAAGACGAAUGUCGGUCUCUGGAGGUACAGCGCCGGUGAUGUUCUCAGGCCAGGCUGGUCGAAACACGCUACGUAUUUCUCCAACACCGACUGGGAGCAUUCAGAAGCGACUGCCAAGAUUCCCUCCAUCCCCGUUAGCUGGAAGGAUGGUAUGGCCUUUGUAAGCAAGCUCAAAGACAAAGGUGUUGACUUCGGCGAUGGUUACUUUUCCGGUAGCAUCGACAAGAACCCCAAGAUCAAGCUUCAAGUUAAAAAUACGGAACGCAUCAACCAUCCAAUUUGGAACAUUGUUGGUCACAUACCCGGCCGCGAACAACCUGAAAAGGGUGUCCUUUUUGGAGCCGCCCGUGAUUCUUCAUGCUACGGAACCAUGUCUUCCGCUAGCGGCACCGCCGCAUUGCUUGAAUUGGUUAAGAUUUUCUCUGGCCUUCAAAGAAAGUACAACUGGACUCCAGCCAGGUCAUUGUAUUUUGUGUCAUUUGAUGGAACAGAGAAUAACCUCGCUGGCAGUGCUAAGUGGGUGGAAACUCGUAAAGACUCGCUCAUGAGUGAAGGCUACACCUACGUCGAUAUAAACGGCUUGGUCUCUGGAGACACCUUGUCCAUCCAGGCGCACCCUGUUAUUCAAAACAUUGUCAAAGACGCUAUGAAGAAGGUGCACCUCACAGAGUCUCAGAAGGGUGAUUCUCUUGGCACUCUUUACGAUCUUUAUAAGGCUCAAAAUAAUGGCAAAGACGACAUCGAAUACAGCAUGUUGGAGGAGAGAAACUACAUUCCUUUCAUAAAUGAGAUCAAUAUGCCAGCGAUGGAUAUAUCAUUCAAGGGUGAGGAGUUCGUCGAAGGAACAUGCGUCGAUAACUUUAAAGCAUUCACCGAUAAGAAGUUUGAUCCUGGAGUGAAAAAGCAUAAGCAAUUAGUCGAGGUGAUUGCUAGAGUUGGACUCGAGCUUGUUGAGAAUCCAAUGAUCCCCUUCGACUUUGAAAUGCUUGCCCGGCAAUUGGCUGAUCAUGAGAAGGACCUCGAACAGUACGUUGCGGAUCAGAUAAAUGCAUACCCUUCUCCGGUCAAUACGAAGAUUACCUUCGACAAUUUGAAGCAGGCAAUCGGCAAACUCCUGCGUGACGCACACCUGUUACGAGUUCAGCAGAAUGAAUGGAAGAACUUUAUCGACGCAAGCUCUAUGGAGCCACCAGUGUUUGCAGCCACCAGACGUCUGAUGAAUCAAAAUAUGGUGUUAUUUGACUCAUACUUCCUCAGUAAUGAUGCUCAGCGCCCGAGAAUUGGGUACGCUAACUACCUCUACGGAGCACCAUUUGAUGCACCUUCUACUGACGAUUCUUUGAAGUAUCAUUGGAAUAGUUUCCCAAUGGUUCGUGAUGCUGCAUCUGAGGGUAAGUUUGGGCAAGUUCAAACGGAGAUCGACCGCGUUGCUAGUCAGAUACUAUCUGCUUGUACGGCGAUCAACCCAAGGGGUUAA